GGUGCGACCCAUGAAACAUCUCGAGCACACUUAUCUGUGGCAGCUCCUCCUGUUGAUGACGAAUGAGUUGUCAACUGUCGUGCUUCCUUCUUCAGCUAACAUGCUUCUCUUGUAAAGAGUGACCCCCAAUAAUCAUGGCUUUGAAUCACCUGAAUCUGCUGCGACCCUUUCUGUGUCAGUCCCUGGUGCGGCAUGCCAGGUCUCCCCUCACAGUCACGUCGUGGGUGGGUUUCAGUCCACCAAUUUGUCUUGGUACCGCCAUCCACCCUGCUCCUGCAUGCAUCAGGCUCUAUGCCACCAAGAAGUCAAAAGCCAAGGCAAAGGGCCAGUCAGCUAAGGUGAAUAUCAAUUCAGCUUUGGUGGAAGACAUCAUCAGUCUGGAUGAAGUGAAAGAGGACAUGACCUCAGUUCUCAAUGCACUCAAAGAAGAGUUCACACGCAACCUCAGCAUCCGAACCUCAGCAGGGGCUCUGGAUCACAUUGUGGUGACGACUCAAGAUGGGAAGUUUCCUCUGAACCAGCUGGGUCAGAUCUCCAUGAAGUCACCUCAGCUCAUUAUGGUCAACAUGAGCAGCUUCCCUGAAGCUACAGCGGCGGCCACCCGCGCCCUGAGAGAGAGCAGCAUGAACUUAAACCCAGAGGGGGACGGGACUAUCAUCAAGGUGCCCGUUCCCAAAGUGACACGAGAACACAGAGAGAACCUUGCCAAGUUGGCCAAACAGUUCAGCAACAAGGCUAAAGACUCUCUGAGAAGAGUGCGCUCCAACGCUGUCAACCAGGUGAAAAAGGUGAAAGAGGGGCACUCUGAAGACACAAUACGACUCAUAGAAAAACAGAUUCAACAGAUGGCUGACAACUUUGCAGCAGACAUCGACAAACAACUUGCAUCCAAGACCAAGGAGCUUUUGGGAUGACCUAAAAAAAAACGGCAAGAAGUCUUCAGUUACAUAUUUCAGCAUCCAUUCGACAAACCGGAACCUGUUGGUAACAGAGACUGGAUCAUGAUGGAGUGGUACACUCCACAGAAGCUGAGCCCUUUCUUCUUGACCACACUGUUGGGUACCCAUCACUGCUGUGUGAUAUCUGCAUCCAGCUGCAUAAGGGCGUAAACAGAAACUGGCAUGGAAACGGCAACAACAGCGACAGACUGCCUGUCACCUCUCUCCUCUUCCUUUUUACUCUCCCCAUCUUCAAACAAACAUCCAACAGGGGACAAAUGGCCUUUUAAUGGGAUUUGUGGGCCUCCUCCUAAUCAAACUCCUCGCCACAGGGGUUGUCUGUUUAUACAAAGUAAGCGUGCUCAUCCGAAUGUAAACUGGCUGUGGGUUUUCCUUGGUGGCAAGAGUAAGACGCAGUUUGUUCUCAAAACUUAGGCAGAUACCAUUAGCGUGUUGCCAAACAUUUGUUUCACAUUGAUUCUGAGUCUGUUAUGAAUGCACAUCAGGAGGGAAGAAAAAGGACCUUUAAUUUCUGUCCAUGUCUAAGAUUGAUAACAUGGCUACUCUAUUUUAAACAUAAUAAAGUCAAGAAAGAAACAUUAUUGAUGGACCCCAUUAAAGAAACACUGCUUUGAAGCAUGUGCGUCA